AAUGCCUUUAAGUUGGGGGGUAACCUGAACCGGGCGUGUUCCCCGUGUGGGGCAACCGCCACAAAGGCCGCCUUGCUUAGCUCGCUAGGUGCACAAUCAGCGUUCGCUGCCGAGCAUACACAGUAUUUGGUGUUUCGAUCGCGACUGGAGAAUCUUCAACGCGACAAUGUUUGCAACUGCGACAACCUGCUGCAGUGCCACGACAACACCGGAGGCCUUGAAAAUCACUCAGGGUAAUAGUUUGAUAGAUACAAUAAUAUAUAUUUUGUUUGAAGCAAUACUGAUUGAUUGAUGUUACAAGUUCAUGCUCGUAGAUUGGUCCAAACGAGCCAGGAAGCUCAUGGACCGCCAAAACUAGUCUCAAAAGGAUUAUUCAAAAAGCAAAACAGUUCAUGCAAUAAUAUAUCUAAAUUGGUCGCGCCGUAAGGUCGCAGCCUUAUCGCGUGAAUGACACGCGCUAAACCCCUCUAGUCACCACUGGCCAUCGCGUCCAUCAUAGUCGCGGGAAUCACCUCUGAAUACUGAGCGACGCGCGUUCAAUAUUGGCAUGGGGACUUCACGCCGUUUCAGUCCCCAUCGGCCCGGACGCACUUUUUCCUGGGACCGGCCGACCGCUGUUCUGCCUGCUGCGCUCAAAUACGACAAUAAGUAUACUCUCCCGUUCCAUGCAGUGCUCUGCUUCGGCGCCUGCCGGCGCCAUUCAUCGGCGAUCCAUCGCGCGUUCGCGGCCCGCGGCCCGCGUUGUGAGGACUAGCUCUGGUGCUGGAAACAGCGGCAUGCCUCCGCCCCGCGCUCGUGGCCACGGGGGCGCCGCCGACGAGGAGCCCGAGAACGAAGACCCCAUGGUCAAGGCCGCCAAGAUUCAAGCGGCCGGGCUAACGGGAGCAGCUCUGGUCGUGGGCGGCCUGAUGUUUGCUGGCUUCUACGUCUCAAGCAUGGUUGCUGCUGGAGAGCUAACCGAUGGCACCUUGCUGAGGGAGCUGUACAUCGCCCUGCGAGUCCCCGAUGCCCUCCGCGACAUACUGCGAGGCAACGUGCGGCAACUGCGGCCGAACGUGCUCGACGCGUGCAAUGCGCGCACCAAAGCUCGUUCGGCGUUGGUCCUGGAGACGCAAUCUGCGGGGAGACCCCGCACAUCAGCGGAGCUAGCGCUGACCGUGUACUGGGACAUGACGGUAGCGACGACGCCAAAGGCAGCGGCUACCAUGGGCGCUCCGUUCGCGAAGGCAAGCAGGGUGAACAGGCCAGCAGCAACCAUCGGACCAUGCUUGAGCAGGCUCGUGCGCAGGCUCCUCAGCUUCACCGUAAAGCUAUCGGGCACGCCGCGGAGGGCGUCGGCCAGCACGUAGAAGCCAGCGAACAUCAGGCCGCCCACGACCAGAGCUGCUCCCGUUAGCCCGGCCGCUUGAAUCUUGGCGGCCUUGACCAUGGGGUCUUCGUUCUCGGGCUCCUCGUCGGCGGCGCCCCCGUGGCCACGAGCGCGGGGCGGAGGCAUGCCGCUGUUUCCAGCACCAGAGCUAGUCCUCACAACGCGGGCCGCGAACGCGCGAUGGAUCGCCGAUGAAUGGCGCCGGCAGGCGCCGAAGCAGAGCACUGCAUGGAACGGGAGAGCAUCCUGAUUGUCGUAUUUGAGCGCAGCAGGCAGAACAGCGGUCGGCCGGUCCCAGAACCCCUGCAGCACGCACUAACCAGGGCGCAACCGUCCAGGUACUAGAACGGUCGCCCACACGUGCGUCCUGCCCACAACUUAUGGUGCAUCUGUUUGAGGUCGGGACGGGCUCAGUAGUGCCAGCCUAUGCCAGCAGAUGAGCGACUGGCUGAUUGCCCAUACAUGGUUAAUGACGAGUGUGGUGGGAACGAAUGCGUACGUAGACCAGAGCGGACGGCGGAGUGGGCUUGCAGGCGGCACGAGAGUAGGCAGUCAGUAGCGCAAGUUGCGAAUUCACAUGUUACCUCGUAACCGACGAUAAACGCUGUGGACGGUCGCGCCCAUGGCUGGCUGACAGAAAGCGGCUGCGGUAUUGGGAUGGCUGGGCUGGACGACGGCGGCCGGGCGUUGCUUGGGACUACCAGAAAGGAUGCGCCCGAAACCAACCUGGAGAACACCAGCGCCACCGGUGCCCAGCACGACAUGUAUGGGAGGGAGGGAGGGACAGGAGGCGUGAUGCACUGCCGCGUAAAAGCUAUGGCGCUAGGCGCGAGGCAAGCAACGUGACCCCCAUAACAACCGCGAGGACAUGGUGCGCGAGUCGGGCUGCGGGCUGUGGCUGUGCGCUGCGUUGGGUGGAUAAACGAAGAACACUAA